AUGUCGCCGGUUUUACUCGCGGCGCUGCGGCCGGAUCGAUUCAAAGAGGGCGCCGACGGCGAGCUGGAUCUUAGCUGGGCGGACGCGGAGCACGUGGAGUUCGCGAUCGCGUUCGCCUUCGCGAAGGACGCGGACCAAAUCACGGGCGAGAACGCGAUGGCGCUGCUGCACCUCGCGAACCGCCUCGACUUCGAGGAACUGCGCGCGGCCUGCGAGAAGACGCUCUGCUCCCUGCUCACGAGCGACAACGCCGGCGAGAUCCUCGAAUGCGCGGAGCAGUGCAACUGCGUCGCCCUCGCCGACGAGGCGCGGGACGUGCGCGACGACCGCGGCUUUGGUCGGACGAUCGCCGUGCUCGUGAAGAAGCGGCGCGAGCUGACGCAAACGCGCGACAAACUCUUGGCACGGACGAAGGAAUUUCAGCGAGACACGUACAUGUUGAAACAUCAAUUGACUGAUCUCGGCGAACGCAUCGACUUCGAAACGGAGAAGGCCUUCAGGGAGGCGUCGCAGGCGCGGGCUUCAUCCAGCCGCGAGACGGCGGACGACGGCGCGGAGGCCGCGCCAACGUACCCGGACGCCGUGGGGCGCACGUUGGUCGUCGCGCCCUCGCCCCAGCGGAAGAAGCAGAAAGCCGCGGAUGGCGCGCUUCGGUACGAUACGCUCGGCGAUGCGAUAGUAGCGGCGCGGUCCGGCGAUUGCAUCUCGCUGCCGCCCGGCCAGCACGAGUUCGAUGCAGCGGACGAUCGUCGGAGCCGGUCCAGCGACGGUGCUGGGUGA